CGAUAAAGGGCAUUCAUGAUUGGAAACAAAAGUUUUUUUACAUCCGCCGUGGUGUGAUUCCGACGGAUAUGUCAUAUAGGCAGGUGGGUCAAGGGGUCCCUAAAGUGGAUGUGCUGCCGGAUUAUGCUGCUCAAGAAUGGUAUGGGAAGAUAACCGCUAAGGCGACUGCUAUUUCUCAGUUGGAUGAAAUGGCCUUAGUUGGUGCUGGAAUGAGUAUGUUGUGGGUGCCCAAGCAUCCGCUGGGUCAACCUGUGUACAGCCAUAAGGGCAAAUGUAUGAUUCUCUCCUAUCCUGCCGUUUGGUUAUCUUCCUUUAUUUUUAUCAUGUAUCCUUAUUUUUGUUGUUAUGUUGCAGUUGGUUAUAGUUUGUUGAACGCUUUGGACCUUAAGGCGGCGGGUGCCAUGGUUGAGGCCAUCCAGGCUGACGGGAACCCAACGUGGUUGGACCAAAUACGGGACCGUUUUCUGCAUCCUACCGAUGCUAGUUUGAGCAGAUACGCGAAUGAAGUUCUUGGUACCGCGCCUGGUGGUGUUGCUGAGCCGGUACAUGAAUUUGUUGAGGAUGAUGAUGAUGCGGAGGCAUCUGUUGAUCCGUCUGCCCAGUUGAAGACGAGAAAGAAGGCACGGACUGAUAGAUCUGGAAGGAGGGAAGAGAAGAAGGAGGGUGGAGCUGCUGGAUCUUCUCGUAAGCAACCUUCUACUCUUCCUUAUCUAGAUUAUGUGGUAGUGUCUGAUACAUUGUCUGGCCUAGGCCCUGGGGAGGUGCGUCAGGGGUCGGAUCCUGACGAUAAGGCCACUUUGACUGAGCAUAUGAAGAAGAAGGCUCUUGAUGAUCAUAAGCGUCAUCUUGAUGAACAAGCUGCUGCCCUUCUUGCGGCCAAGAGAGCUAAGCUUCAAAAGGAUGCCCCCAGCACCUUCUGAAUCUGAAGUUGAUUUGGGUGUG